CCUCCUCCUUUCUCCCUGGAUUUCCACUCCUCCUCUUCGAGCUCUUUUUCUGCUCUUCUAUUCAAAGUCAGAGUUGGCCGUGACGCGCGGCCCAGGGGAAGAAGAGCAGCAGCACACAUCUCCACACAAUGCAGAGAGAAGCGUCCAUCGAUCUGGCGUGCGGCUCCUUCUGAGAGACACACUUGUUGUUUUCCUCUGCAUUUCUGUUCGACCGCUUUGUUGUUGUCCUUGUGCUUGACGGGCUCAGAAAACGCGGUGCAAAAGGCGGCGGAGACCCUCACCGGAUCACGCGAUGUGGGGAUGGACGACGCGCUCUACUUUGACUCGCCCUCUCCAAGCGGACUAUGAGGUCCCCCGUCCGAGUGAAACUUUGUCGGCUCGCAAGUGGGAAUCGAUAAGCAGCGCGCAGUCCCCGCAACAUGGCCUCGGCUGCUAGUGCACCCCCCGAGCCGGAGAUAGGAGAGCCCGGCCGGCCGAGGCUAACGCGGAGGACCCGGAGGGAGUCGAGCCGCGAGCCGCCGCGGCCGCCUCCUCCUCCACCACCGCCGGAUUUGGACUACCUGCAACGGCCGAGCUACUGCGACGCGGGCUUCGCUUUGGAGCAGAUCUCCCAGGGCAAGGCGACCGGGAGGAAAGCACCACUAUGGCUGAGAGCAAAGUUCCAGAGACUUUUAUUUAGGCUGGGCUGUUACAUACAAAAGAACUGUGGAAAAUUUUUGGUGGUGGGCCUCAUGAUUUUCGGAGCAUUCGCGGUGGGCUUACGGGCAGCUAAUUUGGAGACGGACGUGGAGAAGCUUUGGGUGGAAGUUGGUGGGCGUGUAAACCAGGAGCUGAAGUACACACGGCAGAAAAUCGGCGAAGAGGCCAUGUUCAACCCUCAGCUCAUGAUCCAGACACCACGGGAGGAGGGAGCCAGCGUGCUAACAGUGGAUGCGCUAGUGCAACACCUGGAAUCAGCCAUGCGAGCCAGCAGAGUUCAUGUUUACCUUUAUAACCGACAAUGGAAAUUGGAACAUUUAUGCUACAAAUCAGGAGAACUAGUCACGGAAACUCAUUUUAUGGAUCAGAUCAUAGAAGCACUUCAUCCCUGUCUUAUCAUCACCCCUUUGGACUGUUUCUGGGAGGGAGCCAAGCUUCAUUCUGGGAUGGUCUAUUUACCAGGUAAAGACCCUUUGCAGUGGACCAAUUUCGAUCCCAAAGACUUCCUCGACGACCUACGUAGGGGAAACUUCCCCGUAGACAGCUUUGAGGACAUGUUGGAAAAGGCCGAUGUUGGCCAUGGCUACAUGGAUCGACCUUGCCUGAACCCCGCCGACCCUGACUGCCCUCUCACUGCACCUAACAAGAACUCCACCAAGCCGUUAGAUGUGGCAUGGACACUGAGCGGUGGCUGCCACGGUCUAUCCAGGAAGUAUAUGCACUGGCAGGAGGAGCUGAUUGUAGGCGGGACCACCAAGAACGGCAGCGGACCUUUGCUUAGUGCUCAGGCCUUACAGACGAUGUUCCAGCUGAUGACUCCCAAGCAGAUGUUUGAGCACUUCAGGGGCUACGAGGAGGUUUCCCACCUCAACUGGAAUGAGGAAAAGGCUGCAGCCAUCUUGGAGGCCUGGCAGAGGAGAUAUUCUGAGGCUGUGUUGCAGAGUGUGGCUGCUAACUCAUCCCAAAAGGUCUUGUCUUUCACCACCACCACCCUGGAGGACAUUCUUAAGUCCUUCUCCGACAUCAGCGUUAUCCGCGUGGCCAGCGGCUACUUGCUUAUGCUGGCCUAUGCGUGUUUGACAAUGUUGCGGUGGGACUGCGCAAAAUCUCAGGGGGCCGUUGGGCUGGCGGGUGUCCUGCUGGUGACGCUUUCAGUGGCGGCGGGCCUUGGCCUUUGUUCUCUACUGGGCAUCACCUUUAAUGCUGCCACCACUCAGGUGCUGCCAUUUCUAGCUCUUGGAGUUGGUGUGGACGAUGUCUUUCUUCUCGCUCACGCCUUCAGUGAGACGGGACAAAACAAGAGGAUCCCAUUUGAGGACCGCACAGGUGAGUGUCUAAAGAGGACCGGAGCCAGUGUAGCACUCACCUCGAUAAGCAACGUCACUGCCUUCUUCAUGGCCGCCCUCAUUCCCAUCCCAGCACUACGGGCGUUCUCCUUACAGGCUGCAGUGGUGGUGGUGUUUAACUUUGCCAUGGUCCUGCUCAUCUUCCCGGCCAUCCUCAGCAUGGAUCUGUAUCGACGAGAAGACAGGCGCUUUGACAUUUUCUGCUGCUUUUACAGCCCGUGUGCCAACCGCGUGAUCCAGAUGGAGCCUCAGGCUUACCUAGAUGGAUCAGACGGGAGUCGUUACAGUCCGCCGCCAUCCUACCGCGCGGCGCUGCCAUCCUACUGCACGCCUCCACCCAGCUACAGCCCGCCGCCCUCCUACAGCAGCCAUAGCUUUGCCCAGCAGACACAGAUCACCAUGCAGUCCACGGUGCAGCUCAGGACCGAGUACGACCCUCGCACGCAGGCUUUCUACACCACGGCCGAGCCCCGCUCCCAGAUCUCCGUGCAGCCAAUGCAGCCGCCUGGCCGGAGCAACCCUCACGGCAACUAUUACAACAAUAAUAAUAACAACAGCAGCCGGCGGAGUCACAGGACAUCUCAAUAUCAUCAUACCGGUGCUCCAGUUGCUGCUUCAGGUGCAGUUCCUCAGUCGGAUCCUGCUUCAGGAAGCAGCCAAACCCCGGAGAAUAACAGCUCCACCCGGGACUUGCUCUCCCAGUUUGGGGAGGCUUCAUUUGGCGUGAGGUGCAUGGAACCUCCCUGCACCCGAUGGACACUGGCUUCUUUUGCUGAGAAGCACUAUGCUCCGUUCCUGCUGCAGUCCACCACCAAGAUGGUGGUGAUCUCGCUUUUUCUCUGCUUACUGGGGGUAAGCCUGUACGGCACCACCCAGGUACGGGACGGCCUGGAGCUGACCGACAUCGUGCCACGGGAGACUAGCGAGUACGACUUCAUUGGCGCACAGUUCAAGUUCUUCUCCUUCUACAACAUGUACGUGGUGACGCAGCGAGCCGACUAUGCUCAUAAGCAGCCGCUGCUGCACCAGCUGCACCGGAGGUUUCACUCCGUCCGCUACGUGCUGAAGGAGGACAAUGGACUGCUGCCCCCCAUGUGGCUUCACUACUUCAGGGACUGGCUGCAAGGUCUGCAGCAGGCAUUCGACAAAGACUGGGAGGCCGGUCGCAUCACUCCGAACAGCUACAAAAACGGCUCUGACGACGGCGUCCUGGCAUACAAGCUUCUAGUGCAAACGGGGCGCAGAGACAAGCCCAUCAACUUUAACCUGCUGACCCGUCACAGGCUCGUGGAUGCCGACGGGAUCAUCAACCCUGGAGCCUUCUACAUCUACCUGACCGCCUGGGUUAGCAACGACCCAGUGGCCUAUGCUGCUUCGCAGGCCAACAUUCGCCCACAUCCUCCCGAGUGGCUCCACGACCCCACCGAUUCAAUGCCCGAAACACGUCUCACCAUCCCUGCCGCAGAGCCCAUCGAAUAUGCACAGUUCCCCUUCUACCUCAACGGGCUCCGGGAGACGCCGCAGUUCGUGGAGGCCAUCGAAAGCGUUCGGGCUAUAUGCGGCAACUACAGUCGGCAGGGUCUGCCCUCCUACCCCAACGGCUACCCCUUCCUCUUUUGGGAGCAGUAUGUCAGUCUUCGUCACUGGCUCCUGCUCUCCAUCAGUGUGGUGCUCGCCUGCACCUUCCUGGUCUGCGCACUCUUCUUGCUCAACCCAUGGACCGCCGGCAUCAUUGUAUUGGUGCUGUCUCUCAUGACAGUGGAGCUGUUUGGCUUCAUGGGGCUGAUGGGAAUCAAGCUGAGCGCCGUCCCAGUGGUCAUCCUCAUCGCCUCAGUAGGCAUUGGAGUGGAGUUUACCGUCCAUGUAGCCCUGGCCUUCCUGACAGCCAUAGGGGAUCGUCACAAGCGGGCAGUGCUGGCUCUGGAACACAUGUUUGCACCGGUACUCGACGGCGCCUUCUCCACGUUGUUGGGCGUUUUGAUGCUCGCGGGCUCGGAGUUUGACUUCAUCGUCAGGUAUUUCUUUGCAGUAUUGGCCAUCCUAACAGUUCUGGGAGUUCUGAAUGGACUGGUCCUUCUUCCUGUGUUGCUAUCCUACUUUGGGCCCUAUCCUGAGGUGUCACCAGUGGAUGGUCGCAGCAGGUUACCCACCCCAGAUUCUCCAUCCCACGUGGUCCGCUUCUCAGUCCGUCCCCGCCCCACCGCCUCGGCCACCUCGGGCGCAGCCUCAGAUUCGUCGGACUCCGAGUACAGCUUCAACAGCAGCGCUUCGGGUGUCAGCCAGGAACUGCCGAGCGACAAUUUGCCCCCGCAUGGGGGGCAAGCUGGAGCUGAAGAACAUCAGCAGUACCAUUUCCACACCAGUAGGGGCAGGGUAAACAGGCCGGAAGAGGAAAGGAGGGUGGGAUCAGGGCACCGGCGCUCAACCAGGCAGCCCGAUCCCCCGCCCUCUAAUGUAUCCUCGACUCAGGGUUGUAAUGCUGGAACCGGGCCCGGUGCACAGUCACAUAACAGGGACCCUAAGGAUCAGCACCAUCGGCAGGCCCCGCCCCCCGGCCGCCCGCGCACAGACGCUUUCGAAACCUCCAGCCAGGCCGGCGCCCCCUUUGGCACCCACGGCCACAGAGAACACUUGGGCCGCCGGGGGCGCGCUCCCCCGCAUCACACUAACCCUUACGGUCAGCCCAUCACCACGGUGACAGCGUCGGCCUCUGUCACAGUUGCCGUCCAUCCCCCCGGUUCAUCUUACCCGGGAUACGCCGCCACGGACGGUCACUGCCAGGAGGAGCCCCAGCCCUCUUUCCAGGACCCCCAUGUGCCCGCGGAAUCCCACACAGGACACAGAGGGAGCACGGUGGAGCCAAUGGAGCUUCAGGAUCUGGAGUUUGAGGCAGCUUAUGGCGACAGUGGCAGACGGGCCAGCUGAGUGCGUUCGUGCAUGUCACGGCCAAAGAUGUGGACUUUAAGCCGAUGACCUGGCCCUGGCUCACCCGUGGUCCUAAUGCCAUCUCCUCAUGGUGCUCUUUCUUACUGUAACCCUCUCGUCUUAAAAUAUUUCUAUCUAUAUUUAAAAAGAUGUAUACAUAUGUAAAUAGGAACAAAAGAAGUAGCUAUCUUUUUUUUUUGUAGUAAGGGGAGAGAUUGGUUGAAGUCCUCGCAUUGACAGACUGAGGCAGCCAUUUUGUAUGGUGUUUGUAUCUGUGUGAAUGUGUGAUUCCAUCACAACAUUUGAACCCAAUUUGAACUAUGCAAAUGUAGGAAGAAUUAUAAAGAUGGGAUUUAUUAAUGGUGGGGAUCGCGGAGCAAGUGAUAUGAUAUUCCAAUAAGAAGAUAAUCACUAAGGUAUAUCCAUAUCAGAGGAAUGACAUAAUUAAGUACACAAAUACUAAUAAAAUAUUUCAAUAUCAAAUAUCAUGUACGUCUAAACGGUAAGUUAUCAUAUUAUAUUGAAUAAUAGGUAUCUUUCUUUAAAAAUACUGUACAUUACGCAGGUUUUUGUUUAGUCGUCAAAAUAUCGUCAUAUUGCGAGUCCCAGUUCUGAUUGACAUACCUGUUCAACAUAUGCUCAAAUUAAUGCACCCCAAAGACAAGACAGUUAAUGUUCAACUGAUCAAUUUUAUUUAUUUUUUUGUAAAUAAUAAGUCAUUUUGAAUUUGAUGCCUGCAACACAUUCCAAAUAAGCUGAGGCAGGCGCAUGUGUACAGCGUGUUACAAGAACAUUUCUUUGAGCCACACUCAAUAAGCAUUUGGGAAGUGAGGACACUCAAAUACUGCACCGAUAUAUGACUGUUAUUGCGUACUGUAUAAUUUUUAUGGUAUCAUUGGGAAUAUAAGAUUUUGCGAUGUAUGAAUAAAUUCGGCAAAAUAUCAUACUGUGAUACUUAAGUAUUGUCAGAAAGGUGAUGUUUAAUGCAGUGUUCUUUUUGGCAGCCAGUUAAAUUUUCGUCUUAGUCUUAGUUUUUGGCUAGGUUCAUACCGCAGGUCUUAAUGCACAAUUCCGUUUUUUUUGUCCUUUCGGGUUUUUUUUGGCGUGGCCGUUCAGACUGCCUUUGACCAUUGAGCCUGUUCAAGUAUCACGCGUGGGCACUAAAUCGCAGUCCGAGAUGCGCUAAACAAGCUGACCCACAUGCUCAGGAGCAUCAAAACAAAUGACUACACAUGACACGCAUACGGAGAGUUUGCCCCAACUCCCGGCCGUGUAGGCAAUCUUGAAAUAUUGCUUAUUUGGAACAGAGAGAAAACUGAGCAUUCUCAGGCUUAUCCUCAACCCAUUUUAUUUAUUUUUUUUUUAUGACUGUUGUCAAGCCCGCCUCUUCUCCAAAAGCCGCGUUCAAGCUAGGCGCUAAUGCACAGCUGCACCGCUACCGUAGCGCCCUGUCUCUCUCGCUCUUUGCUGACACAAUUGCUGCAUAUUAGGGCUGCACCUAUCGAAUAUUUUAGUAGUCGAUAAUCGAUGGAUUAGUUAGUUCGAAUAAUCGAGUAAUCGGAUAAGAAACAUGAAAAAUUAAAAUACCUUAGCUGAGCCACAAAUGUUUUUUUUUUUUUUUUAAAUGAGGAUCUAUGUACAACAAAAUAACAACUGGCUAACUUACAUUGAAAAAGUCCGCUUGCUUAAAUGCUAUAAAAUGCUAAAAAUGUAUUUACAGUGCUCUUAAGAAAUGGUUCAGACACAUAUUCCCACAAAAAUUGGCUAAAUAUACCUAUAAACUAAAUUAUGAAUGCAUUAAAAAGCAUAAGGUCAAACAAAACUUAGCUUAUUUUGGUCUUAACAGGGAGCAGUUGGAUUCAGCCAUGUGAAAAGAGGCUGACCAGAGGGCAGAGUAUUCACCCUAAUCAAUAAAACUAAAUGCAAACACUUUAAAAAUAAACCAUUACAAUGCCACUUUAAGUAAAAGAAUACUCGAAGCAACAAAAUUUAAUUCGAAUAUUUUUUUGUAAUCGAAUACUCGAGUUAAUCGAUUAAUCGUUGCAGCACUACUGCAUAUAUUCCGAUUUGGGGGAUUUGACAGUUCAGACCGCAGCCACAUUCUGGAAAAGUAUGGCCCGGAUUGCAUUUUAAACAUUUAAACAUAUGAAAGUGACCUAGAUCGGAUUUGAAAUGGUCCACUUUUAUGAGACUUUUCCCGUUCAGACCUUUAAGUUAAAGCCUCACUGGAGUUGGAAAAACACGAAAAAAUCGGAUUCGUGCGUUAAGACUUGCGGUAUGAACCUAGCCUUUUGGACGAAAAUACUUAUUAGUCUUAGUCAUAUUUAGUCAUUUCAAAAUGUGUUCGUCUUUGUCUGGUUUAGGCGACAAUUCUCAAAAUCUUUUUGUCUAUAAACUUCAAACGUUUUAGUCCAUGAAUUAAUAAAUAAAUAAAAGGUUUCCAACAAUUUCGAAUGAACAUGACAGACGAGCAAAUAACUGUAGAGUCUACAAGGACAUCACCAUUUUCAUGAUGAUUAUACACACACAGCAGGAAAAGGAAAAGACACCGAGUCACCGCGAUAAAUGCUAACACAAAAGCUAUGCUAACGCUAUAAGUUAGUUUAGUGUGUGAUGACCACUCAACACAGACCUUUAAAGGCUAAAGCAACAGGGUAUAUCCAGCCAAAAUAAGAAACCAAAACUUACCAAGCAGCACCUGACACAUACGUUUCACAAGAUGAGCCUGGAAUGGGCACAGGC